GCUUUUAGCUCUCCAGUUUCUACUUUUUCCAAUGGCCAAACGCAUGAUUUCACGUUCCCUUCUUUCUUCUGUCAAAAGCUCUUACCCCCAAAAUUUUCCCUCGCUUUUUCACCAUCCAAUCGCCACUAAAAUCUCAUCUCUUAAACCCCUUUCGUUUUUCUCGUCAUUUUCCAGCUACCAUCAACCAACCUACACCACUUCCCCUCCCCUUUUCAAACUAACCCACAAAGACUGGCUCUCCCCGACCGAAAUCCUCAAAAUCUUUGACAAUCUUAAAGAUCCAAACUCUCUCAUUUCAGUCCUAGCCCAAUACUCAGCUCGCAAGGAUUAUAAACCAACUGAACCUCUCUUCACUUUGCUCAUCAACAAGCUCGCAUAUGCCCAGGAUUUUGAUUCCAUUGAAAAUAUAAUGGAAAAGCUCAAACGUGAAAAAGCCUGUCGUUUAUCCGAUGAAUUCUUCCAGAAUGUGAUUAAAAAGUAUGGGCAUGUCGGAGGUCGAAUCCGAAGGGCAAUCGAGAUCCUUUUUAGCAUGCCAGAAUAUGGGACUUGGCCUAGUGUUAAAACCUUCAAUAUCGUAUUGAGCUUACUCGUAUCGAACAAACUAUUUGAUGUUGUUCACGAGGUUUAUGGGAAAGCUCCCAAUUUGGGUGUUGAAAUCGAAGCUUGUACUCUGAAUAUUCUCAUUAAAGGGUUGUGUGAAAAUGGGAAAUUAGAGUUUGCAUUCCAACUGCUCGAUGAAUUUCCUAAACAAAGGUGUAAGCCUAAUGUUAGAACUUAUUCUACUUUAAUGCACGGGUUGUGCAAUAAGGGGAAGGUUGAUGAAGCUUUUGAGUUGAUGGGGAGGAUGGAAACGGAAGGAAUCGAUGCUGAUGCUGUUAGCUUUAAUAUCUUGAUUUCAGGUCUUAGGAAACAAGGUAGGAUUGAUGAGGGUGUGAAGCUGUUGGAAAUUAUGAAAAAGAAAGGGUGUUAUCCCAAUGCAGGGUCUUAUCAAGAGGUGUUGUAUGGUUUGCUUGAUGCUGCGAGGUUUAUGGAAGCAAAGGACAUUAUGGGGAGAAUGGUUUUCGAGAGGGUUAAUCCUAGUUUUGAUUCAUACAAGAAGUUGAUUCAUGGUUUUUGUAAGGGGAAGAUGGUAAAGGAAGUUGAUUGGGCUUUGAAACAAAUGGUACGCCAUGGUUUUGUUCCAAAAAUGGGAAUGUGGAUUCAGAUUGUUGACUGUGUUUUUGCAAGGAAUAAGAACAACACUUGUGAUUGCAGUUUACUUGGUGAAAUCAUCAAUAGCUAGCAGCAAUGCGAUGUUAAAUCAGUUAUCUUGCGGGAUCAGCUUAUGUUACUUGAGCACGGGUAAUAAGAACAACACUUGUGAUUGAGGUUUACUUGAAGUCGUCAAAAGCUAACAGCAGAGAUAUAAAUAGCAAUAGCAACUUCACCCUGUUGCCAUCCCUAUGUAAACCAGAGACUGAAGAUCAGAUACGUCCACAAUGAUGAAUGCUGGUGAAGUGAUGCAUAAUUUCAACAGAAUAGAGGAAGAAAGAAAAAGAGAGAAGAGAAAGAGAAUCGAGGAAGAAGAAAGAAUUGAUUUCCUUCACAAAAUGGCAUAUCUGCUCAUUUCCCAUGCCGGUUUCUAUUAUGGCUGAGAAUUGGCAGUUACAAAGUCUGUUAUAGGGCUGUUCCUCGAGCAGUUGUAACAACUGUCAAUACGCACCAUUUUCAUUCAACAUCAAAACUUAUAGUUUCAUUAAACCCUCAGCCCUAAAACACAGCGUUCAACUAACUUUAGGUAACAUUUUUAUUUCAUAACAUGAAACUACUCAUAAUCAAAUCAUGGAUCGACCACCAUCGACUUGUGGUCUUCCCAUCAUCUUCAUGCUUGACCACUUACUCCUUGAGGAUGACGAGGUCUCACAACCUCUCUCUCUUAAUAUAAAAAGCAGCCAAAAAAAGAAGAAAACCAUUUAAAAACGGAGAAAAAGGUAUGCCUUUGUUUAUGGCCUCAGCUUGCUUGUGUAGCAAGAAAAGUGAAUAUAAACAAUGUAUGUGAUUCCUCCAUUGUUUCUUGUAGAUAAUAGCAGAACUUUAUGCACUUUUAGCACUAGCUGUUACCCAAUAUUUAUAGGUUCUCAAGAGGUUGAUGAAUUCCCGUUUGGCACAACAUGGCAGACUUGGACCUAUGUAUCUCAACAUUGAAAGACAAGUAUCAUUUUGGAUCUUUCCUAGUGGUGCUAGAUUCAAUGUCUUAGGAUUUUCCUCUGAAAAUGGACUCAAUAAUGUUGCCAUGAUGGGCUAUGCCUUUGAUCCUAAUAAAAAUUAUGUUUUCGUGAUCGGGAAGUUGUCUGGUGGUGAACUUUGUUGUGUCAUCACUGAAAAUCUUGCAGAUGAUGAAGGUCCUAGGAUGCGUGCUGAAGCCAUUGCAGAAAGGAUUUGUCAAGUGCUUGAACGGAAUUGGAAUAUCUAAUCUGUUCACCUUGUUUGCUCAACAGCUAACAUUUUUUUCCUUUGAUUACCCAAAAUAGUCAUACCAACAAAUGUGGCUGUGAUUUUGUAUGGUAUUUUGCAACAUUCAUAUCUUAGCUACUGAGAUUUUAUCACACCUUGAACUACAAAUAGUUAGCUGUUAUUCGCUCGUAUCCUAAUCCGAAUAAGAUAUUGAGUUUUAUAACGAAAGCAACAGGAUCAUAUUGAAUUUUAAAGA